UAUAAAAACCAUGUAAACUUAUCCAAAUAGAGAAAUGAAUAAACAACGCACACGAUAGUCCUGCUUUCUCACCAUGGCAGUCUCUUCACUCUCCCUCACUUGUGUUUCAACAUUCAUUUCCAACAAGGUGAACACGAAUGAGUUACCAAGAGCUUAUGCAGUUUCUCCUUGUAACCAAUUCACAUGCACAACAGAGACAACCUUCAAUGAAGAAAGCAAUUGUAAGAGAAGGUUAUUAUUGUUGGGAGUGGGAACCCUCAUGGCAAUUUCAUUACCAGCAAGUUCCCUAUUAGCUGAAGAGGUGCCACAGAACUACAGAGCUUUCAUUGAUAAUUCAGAUGGGUAUUCAUAUUUUUACCCCUCAGAUUGGAGGGAGUUUGAUUUCCGGGGGCAUGAUUCAGCAUUUAAAGACAGGUAUAUGCAAUUGCAAAAUGUUAGGGUGAGAUUUUUACCAACGACUAAACAAGACAUCCACGAGUUGGGGCCAAUGGAAGAGGUUGUCUCCAAUUUGGUGAGGCAUGUAUAUGCUGCUCCAAAUCAAGUAGCUACUAUCCUUGAUAUGCAAGAGCGGACAGUAGACGGGAAAAAUUACUAUACAUUCGAGUACGGACUUACAUCUCCAAACUUCUCUAGUGUCUCCUUUGCAACAAUAGCAAUUGGAAAUGGGAGAUAUUAUACACUAGUUGUCGCAGCUAAUGAAAGACGAUGGAAAAGAUUUCGGAACCAGUUGAAAGUAGUUGCAGACUCAUUCAGAAUGCUUGAUAUCUGAAAUAGCACAGCAGUUUACACAAAAGCUUGUGGUGUGCCUGAGGACCAACAAUAUUUGCAUUUCCUGUACAUAGGCAUAGCAGAAGACAAAUUGUUGAAUCUGUUGGAACUCCUAUAUAAUAUACAAGUUUAACUGCAAUAUAUUUUUUGCCAAAUA